AUGGCGACCUCCGAGCCGUACAAAUAUCUACCGCUCCAAUAUCCAGACUCUAUUCGUCUUCUCCACAUCCGGCCCAGUCAAGAUGCUGAUGCGCCGGUACAAUGCCUCGUUACCACACAGCGCCUCUCGGACACGUGGCUGAACUACGAGGCACUUUCAUACACCUGGGGAGACGCCUCGAAGCCGGCCGCAAUCCUAAUUGGAGAUAAUGACACCUCCUCGUUGACCAUCACGCAGAACUGCUUUGCCGCGCUGCGGAGUCUCCGCCAGCGCGUCCAGCAGCGGACAGUCUGGAUCGACGCGAUAUGCAUCAACCAAGAUGAUGUGGACGAGCGUACGGCUCAGGUCCGGAUGAUGGACAAGAUAUUUUCUUCAGCCCCUCGCACCAUAGUGUAUCUCGGAGAAGAGACGGACGGGAGCCGAACGGUGUUCUCCGAGUUGGCCGAGGCACAAGGAGCACCCAGGAUGUAUUCCCCCGUCACAGGAGCGGACGUUAUCGACCGGCCCAUACCCUGCACAGCCGUCGUCGACGCCCUUGAGGAGCUCCUGCAGUGCCCUUGGUUCCGGAGGAUCUGGGUGGUGCAAGAGGUGCACUGCAGUAGCAGCAAGUCCCUCACCGUGAUGUGUGGGCGGGCUGAGGCGCCCUGGACCGUACUGCACGAGUGUCUGCUAGGAUAUAGGGAUCACCGGGUCACCAGGCAGGAGCUGCCCGUCGUGUUUGACAUAUACCGGUACUCAUCCGACCAAGACAUAUGGUACGGCCUGUUCAACCAUGCCAUUCAUACCAGAGCCUAUCUAUCGACCGACCCCAGAGACAGGCUGUUUGCUCUGAAGGCGCUCUUGGACGGUCCUCAGGAAGAGAUGGACUGCUUGAUCGACUACUCCAAAAGUGUCGAGGAAGUCUUUGCGGAGUUUGCUGGGAUUCUGUUUUCCAGAAUCGGGGUUCAGAUGCUGUGUCUUUCUCGCCAUCCGCACAACAGAGCCAUGGCGUCGUGGAUGCCGGAUUGGUCUCAAAACACCCCUAUUAAACAGGCCUCUGACUACGUUCAUGACGGCCAAGUAGAUUAUGAUUCUGCAACUGGAAUGCUUGGUUCUGCCAAGAUCAUCAGCUCGCCUAGCUCAGAAACCCUCGGAGUCUACAACUCCCUUUCCGUCUGUGGGACUGCAGUUGGCGAAGUCAACGACAUCGGGCCGCCCGUCGUUUUCACAGACCAUGGCGACGCAACGCGCCAAUGGUCCCACAUCAUCGAACUUCUUCAUCUCCCUGAGUCCGGCAUCAGGGACCACCUAUCUGCUCAUCCGGAGAGCCCCUUUACCGAGCACUUCCUCCGGGUGGCGAGAGGCACAUCAAUACAACAAAUCAGCGAGUUCCUCGACCGCGGAUCUAACAAGGUUCGAUUUGGACCACUCGCGCUCGCUCUGACGGGUCCUCGGGUUGAGACUAACUCGCGUUCUCCACAACAGCUAAUGCUCAUGAACCACGAGGCCAGCGUCGGCACGGAGCGCAUCAACGUGCUGAGAGACGCGUGGCAGCACUGCCGAGCCGUCGCGAUCGGCGACACCUUUCUCGGCAUCGCCCCCGACGGAGUGCAACUCGGCGACGUCGCCUAUCUCGUCGAAGGAGCCAUCUCGCCUUGUCUACUUCGACCCGGGCCCAGUGGUCGUUGGGCUCUGGUCAGUGGAGACUGCUACGUGACGGAUAUGACACCGAAGCCCGUAUGGCCUGGUCGACCGGGCAGGCUGAUUAGACGGGAGGGUCUGCCGGAGCAUGCCUCAGUCGAGGACAUUAUAAUAUGUUAA